UUAGUUGGAGGCCAUUGGUGCUAUCAGUCACAGAAGUAUGAACAGUCACACUGUGAAGAUCCUCGACGAUGGUAUCUAAUAGAUGUCACCUGCAAAGGAAACAAACAGUCACCUAUCAAUAUUGUCACCAAAAAUGUCGUUUAUGACAAGAACCUUAAGCCACUGAGUUUUGAAGGAUAUGAUGUGAAGGGAUCUUCAAAAUGGAACAUAGAAAAUAAUGGACAUACAGUUAAAGUAACAUUCAGCACAUCCCCUAAAAUUGGAGGUGGUGGUCUGGGAAGAAAAUACAAGGCGAUAGAAUUUCAUUUGCACUGGGGAGUCCAAGGUGUGCAGCAAUACCUUCCUGGGUCAGAGCACAGCAUAGAUGGAGAAAAACAGGCCAUGGAGCUUCAUAUUGUCCACAUAAGAGAAGACGUUUCAGAUAUAACAGAAGCAAAGAAAAGUGCGGAUGGUGUGGCUGUGUUAGCAUUCUUUAUAAAGGUUGAAGAAGAAAAUAAAAACUAUGCAAGUCUAAUAAAUGAAUUGGACAAUAUUAAAUACAAAGGGCAAAAAGCACAGAUGCAGCCUUUGCCGCUGAGUUCUCUGCUCCCACCUGAGGAAGACCUUGAAAGUUAUUAUCGGUAUGAGGGCUCCCUCACCACGCCCGACUGCCACGAGGGUGUCAUCUGGACAGUAUUUGAGAAGCCAAUUGAACUCAGUAUGUCUCAGAUUUCUCAAUUCUCAACAGUUUACUUUGAUGGGAAGAACUCAACAACGUACAUGGCUGAAAAUUUCCGGCCUGUUCAGUUUCUGAACGAACGAAAGGUGUACUGGUCCAGUGCCAGCAUCCUCCUGCCUACCACUAAGGUUUUAAUGAUGGUCCUGAUCCUUACGUACAUCCUGAGUUCUCUUUUCCAAUGA